CUUGCAAUUCGUAUCAAUCACUGGAAAUAAAUGGGAAUUAACAUUAAUCUCACAUUUAAUUUCUAUUUGUUCGCCUAGAAAUCGAAUUAAGCUAUCAAUUAAAUUUAAUUUCUCCGUCAUUUCGUCUCAAAUUCUGAUGGGAAAAAUUUUCUUUCUUCAUCAUAUUUCCACCAAUUUUUGAUUGAUUCUCAUUUUCCAAAAUUAAAAAAUCACACAAACUUAUUAUGCAUAAAAAUGAAUCUUUCUCAGUAACUCCUGUCUUCUUUUUUCUUGUAUACUAGUCUCAAAACUCUGGGAUUAUAUUGACUAUAUAAAUUCAGGGUCCAGAAAUAUAGAGUCGACAUUCAAUGUUCGCGAUAUAACUCCUACGUAUGACUGUCAUUCAAAUCAUAUAGCUCAUCUCUUUGGCUAUAUAAAGUAUCGAGAAUUAUAGUCCACAAGUUGGUGAAAUUAAAGCAUCACGCGAUAAAAAAUAACUCCGUGUCUACCUGGCUGGAGUUUCUAGUCACUAAAAAGUAUUUAUAGCGGAUUUCAGCGAUGUCAUUCCUCACCAAAGAAGAUCGCCAAGCCUGUUGGGACCUGCGAGAUGAAUAUUGGAAAUGUCUUGAUGACGCGAAAACCGAGUCUGAGUGUCAAGAAUUUAGAAAAAAAUAUGAAAAAUUUUGUCCCUCACAGUGGGUGAAACAUUUUGACCGGAAGCGAGAGUACCUGAAGUUUAAAGCUCAAAUUGAACAAGAUGGAUACAUUGAAGAACAUCUGCCAAAACGAGUAGGGCAGCAAAAAUAGUCAAAUCUCUACCAGAACGCAACCCGAGUUAACAGUGUGAUGUUUAAAUCAAUUUUCAUAUUAUCAUUUUUGUUAAUAAAAUAAGUACCUGUAUUAAAUUAAA